AUGAGCAGGUGCUUGCGCCCCGGCCGUAUCCUGCCAUCCGGUCGAAGGCCAGCUUCACGACACCCUUUCCUCACAUACCGAUCCGUUUCUCCUUUUUCUCGGCCGACUUGGACUCAAUUCACGCGGAAAACUCGCGAUGAUGAAAGAGAGAUUAACUUCCCAGAUGAAGUUAUCUUUUUACGCCGAUACAAUGCAAUUCAGCAUCCUCCCCUUACACACGACCAGAAGAGGGAUAUCACUGCAUGGAUCCCAUUGCUAAGGCAGCAUGUUCCACCAAAAGUCGCCAUGCCUGCAGGCCAGCCAGGGCGGCUUCGACCACUCCGCGAAUCUCAAUCCGAGCUCGAUCGAACCCACGCUGUAAUGGGGUGCUUGUGGGAUGCCAGAAUGCAUUUUGAAUACGAACUCAUUGCGUAUCUCGGAUUCGAGUUGAAGGAGUGGUCUAAUGUACACGCCCUUUUGAACAGCAUGGUCGACACCUAUGAGUUGCUAGCUCCCCAUAUGCCUCCUAAAAAUCCCUCGGCUGGACUUGAUUGGGACAGACCAUUUCGCGUGCGCCGCCAGGGCGAGCCAGUAUCCGACUCGGAGUCUCCGCUCACCGAAAAAGUUUCUCUUAGCAAGCUCACGGGAGGAACCAAACCAAAAUCCCCUUGGAAAUGGUCUUGUCUAAAGCCUACUCCCACGGAUAACGUUUCUCUUGAUACCCUGACGGUAGAACCUGCGCCGAGAUUCUUUGCUGAGAGGAUCAUGGCUGAAGUUCUCGCCAACCUCGGCUCUUUGGUUUUGUAUGCCUCACAUGGCUCGCCAGAAGAUUCUAAACAUGCAAUGACCUGUGUAUUCCGAAUCCUUGCGCGUCUACACCAUGCAGGCAUGAUCUCCGACAGAGUUUACCAAUAUCCAACUCCAGAUGCCAGCCAGAGUGUAUUCCGUCCACCGGGCCUCCAUCUUUUAUCCAAUUCCAUAAUGAGCGUUCUGUCCGACGCGGCCUGGCAUGAACACGAAGCAUCGGUGGCUGCGGCCGCUGCUGAUGUAGGAGAGAUGUCACCCUUUAUUCCUUAUAAUCCGGGCAUUCGAGAGCUGGGACCCGAGAUCUGGUUGGAGCUCAUUUUGUGGUGCUGUGUGGAGCAUGGCUUCUGCAAAACAGGCUCACUAAUUGUGAAACGGAUGACCCAGCUGAAGGAAUGGAGAGUUGAGAGUUGGGCACCUCUCAUCAAGCACCUCGAUAUAGUCAAACAAACCAAUAUUGGUAUCGAGCAAUCAUGGCGCCAGCCAGGUCAAGCCGAGAAGCCUCAGACAUUCAAGCGUCAGAACAAGCCACCGUUCAAUGGUCUUGGAGUUCGAACUAUCAGCGCUGAGGUGGUUGCAUCAUUGCGGAAUAGCUUGGCAAACAAGGCCUAUGUCGGGAUGGGAGACCGCGGGUAUCUUCCUGCGGAUCUCAUCAAGUUGUCCGGCCCUCUCACUAAAAUUCUCGAGCGCCCUAGCUCUAGCCGUGCACUUUUACCAACAAACAGGAAUACCAAUUGGCAGAUCGUACGGGUCCUGAGCUCAGGCUGUUUAAAGCCAUCGUCCGAUCCUGUCUCUUUCGAGGCACUCCUGAGAUCCUACUGUAAUGUUGUUCCUCCAUGGGAAGGGGAUGAGUUGAGGAAAGCCCAACAGCUGGAUUCCCAACCGCGGUCCCAAUUCUAUGACGAAUCGGCUGCUUUGACUGGCUUGAUAGAAUUCAAUCUCAACUAUUAUGCUCGAGACAAGCAAAGUGGACGCCUCUUCCACCAGUAUGCUUGGCUUCAAAAUAUUGCUGAUGCGAGCAAGGCACGACACAUCCAAGCGUUCUUCGAACAAUUGAGUCAGGCCAAUGACGAACAUGUUUCCUCCUUGUUUGAUUUCAAGUCUUCUGAGCCCCAGGGUAUUUCUCAAUCAUCUAUCCCACAGCUGUCAUACUCCACCUUUGCCAAUAUUCUGGAUGUGGCGACUACAACCCACGCGUUUGAUUUUGGCCGACAACUACUCCUGGAUGAUGACCUUGAUGGCCCUGCUAUUCCUCAAAGUGCAUAUGGCAAUCAAGCUCUGGCGCCGUCUAUCCUCAGAUUUGCCGCUGCCACCGAUAAUUUCGAACUUGGCGAUCGUGUCAUCUCGUCGCUCGAGAUCCCCCUUUCUGUUAAUACCAUCAAAUCCUUGAUCAACUUCAGCAUCGCACGAAAAGAUUGGAGCCGUGUGGUACUAAUGCUCAAAUUCCUGACCGAGAACCGAGCGAAGUCCUGGGGCUACACCAAUCUCGGCGCACUAGCAAGUGCAAUCAUUCGACUCCAUGCCACCGUUCAGCGCAAGACAGCUGCUGGCACCUUGGCUCAGGCCGACAUAAACGACCUGAAACAAGCCACGGAUAUCUUGCUCCGCAUUUUCCGCGGCGAGUGGAACGCCACUUCCUAUCGUGAGAAGGUCAGGAACUUCCAGCUUCGAGCCCUCUCUCGUAUGCACCGUGUACUUUCCGCCAUCCCAGGUCCUCUACCAGCCAUUCUCAAGAAAGUCGAGAUACCCAAGGAAAUCACAGGACGCCACAAGGCCACCCUCAUCCCUCCAGCCACUUUCCACGAUAUCUUCGCCGCCGUCGUCGAAACGCAAGGCGCCAUCGUAGGCAAGCAGUUCUGGGAUAAAGUCUGUGUCGACUGGCUAUCACCCAACCGCCAGCUCCAAGCUCCAGGCGGUGUCGGCCGACUCCUCUUCAGCAACGAGCGAACAAACGGCAACGGAAACCCCGGCUGGGACGCCAAAUACGUCGCCCACGUCCGAAGCAAGGCCACCGUAGCAGAUCUCAACACGGUCCGCAUUCUCGCACGAACCGCCGCCCGAGAAUACGCCGCAGAAGUCGAACAAUCCACGAGCCAACAACGCUCCGACCAGAAAUCCAAUAUACCCCAACCCAACUCCACCUCCCCCGACCCAUCCUCCUCCUUCACCUACAACCCCGACAUCCCAUACAAACCCUCCAUCUCCAAAGCCGAAUACCGCUACCAAUCCACAAAGGGCAAACCACCCCAGACAGAACUAGAAUCCAUUCUAGACUUCUGUCUCGAAACCUUCCUCAAAUUCGGUCUCCCGGAGGACCAGGUCGACAUCGAGAUCCCCGGCCACAUGCGUCGCAUGCAGAGUCGACGUGUAUUCACAUACCCUCUACGCGGACCCGUCAGACACCGAAUCAAGUACAACAGAGAAGACCCAUGGAUGAAAUCUUCCUGGCCGGAGGAAUUGGCUGCGUCCAUGCCUGAGCCGGAGAAGGCUCGCAAGAUUUGA